GAUUCGCGACAGUGAAAGAAGUCUCCGUUAGCGGGACCCACACUCCUUUCGCUUUCUUUCUUUCUUUCUUUCUUUCUCUCCACCGUUUCCAUUGAAAACGAAACGCUCGCUCACUCUCCAGGCUCCACCACUCUCAUUAAGGCACUGUUUGGCGCGCGCUAUUUUCUCUUUCCCUGUAGCUAAUUUUUCUUUUUCUUCCGAGAAAGAAAAACGCGGCACAUAAAUACAAAAAGAAAACAAGAAAGAAAAAAUAAAGAUACUCGUUACGCUUCGAAUGAAUGAAGAAGAAAGAAGAUUGAAAAUGAUGAUGAUGGUGGUGGAUUACCUCGAAUAGUGUCCAUUGCAAUUCCUUGCUUCGCUUGUAAACCACGUCGCUUUUCGUUUUCCCCUUCUCCUCAUCACUGAACCAGUUUCUCUUUUUUCUUCUCUCUUUCUUCUUUCUGAUAAUUGCCUAAGUACGGGAGAAAAUCCCCGACAACAUAUUUGCUUAUGGGUGAAAACAUCAGAGUGAAGUGUGAAAUUUGAGUGUAUGUUGUGCAAUGCCAAUCAAUAUACAGCCAAGUAAUGGGUUGUUGGAACCUGCUGAGGACAUGGGAUUUGGUCCAGAGCUGAAAAAGAACAGUUCAAAACGGCAUAGCAGCUCAAAGACGGCUAAAGAAAGUUUUGCAUUGCCCCCACCUUAUCGAGGUCCAAAUGAUGCAGAUAAGUUGAAGUCAAAGAGUGGUUUUGCUCCUCCACAUAGUGAUCUCAAACAGAAAGCAACUGAAACUGUGAAGCGAAGUGCAACUGAAAGUGAUGAGCUUGUCAAAUACAUGUCUAAUUUGCCCGGUUAUCUCCUGCGUGCUGAUAGAGUGGAAAGUUUUCAAGAGAAAGCUUUCAGUGUUGGUGUUCUAGAUUGGUCUCGACUCGAGAAGUGGAAGCAUAAGCAUAUCCCAGUUGUAGCUAGUAACUUCACAUCAUUCAAUAGCAGUGAAUCAUCAUCAAGAACAGCUGCCAAAUCGUCUACUAGUUUUGGUGGCAAGGAAAAACUUGAUGAUAAAAAAGGUCUGCUUUCUUCAAGUAUCAGGCCAACUAGCAGGGAAUCCCUUCCUGAAAGUACCAAACUUCCCUUUCAGAAUGUCAAACGAUCUGAAUCUUCUAAAAGUAGAGCUAGAAGCUUUGGAGAUGAGCAUAGAGUGACACCCUGGGCUUAUGAGUCCAUUGGAAAGACUCACUCAAAUGUAUCUCUUGAAAAGGAGAGGAAGAAUGACUAUCAAAAAAGGACCUCACAUGUCAGAAAUUCAGCAUCAGACUUGAGGCAACAUGGGAUCUCAUAUGUUCCUAAUGACAAUGCGAAUGGCAGGGAUGAUGGCGGUAAACAGAACAUGGAGGGUUUGCAAGAGUAUGACUACAAGAAUAAAGAUAGAAGUCACAAGUACAGCUCUAAUACAGGACAGCCAUCAUUAAGAUCAAAAAACGAAGGGGGCUCAAGCAGUUCUAAGAAAAUGAGUUCUAGCAGCACUGAAACCAGGAAAAAGGUGGAUCAUUUGAAGAAUGUAGACUUUGACACUGGUAGUGAACAUUGCCAUAGCCAGCCAAGUAAUGUUGUGCUGCUUUAUCCUCAAGAAAUUCCCCAAUCAUGUUCUUCAGAGGAUUUUCGGUUUUCUGAGUUCAGAACGUCAUCUGAUGAAAAUUAUGCAGAAUCAAGCCGAAGUAGCAUGUCAUAUGUUUCCUCUAUGUCACACGUUUCUAUUCCAGACGAGGUUCACAAUGAAGAUGGAUGUUCUGAAAUGCCACUUUCAAGUGCACAGCUUUCAGAAACAAUGCAACACAGCAUUAGUACUACUCUAGGUGUACGUCGUUCUUCUUCUGUGUCUGAGACACACGCUCCCACAAUAAAUGAGUUGUCUGGUCUGCAAUCUGGAGCGGCUUGCUUUGAAAAGGAUGUGUUAGACACCAAGCUUAGAAACCAGUGUGUUUUCAGUCAUGUGAAGGAAUCACUGGACAAAGAAGCUGCUGAGUUGGCAACUCAGAAGGGAAUUAAUUCAUCUCACCAUCGUCGGUUCAGCUUCAGCUUAAGUCGGCUUGGUAGAAGUUUCAGUUUCAAAGAGGGACCUGCAAUUCCACAAGUUAGUUCCAGGCAUGUUAAUGCAAGAUCUAGUCCAGUAACGCCUGAAUGUUCUGUUCGUUGGGAUAAUUCAAGCAAAGGGAAAGCAAGUAUUCAGAGCAGAACCAGGGCCAGCCCCUUGCGGAGGUUAUUAGACCCUAUAUUAAAGCAUAAGGCAUCACAUCAUUCAGCUGAAAGCAGUCAAACACAAAAGGAAAGCAUAAAUUCAAACAGCUUCAGGACUAUCACUGACAAUGAACCACCGCUGGCUGAAAAGAACAAGGGAUCAUCAAUUCAAGGCCUCUUGCAGCUUACUCUGAAAAAUGGAGUGCCCUUGUUUAAGUUUGUGCUUCACAACGAAAGAAAGAUUUUUGCUGCUACCAGGAAUAGUUUAGCAUCGCCGGAGAUGGAUGAUUUAGGCUGCUGUUUUACCUUCUAUCUGGUUAAUGAAAUUAAGAAAAAGAGUGGUGGAUGGAUGAGUCAUGGAAGUAAAGAAAAAAGCUGUGGCUAUGCAUACAAUAUGAUUGCUCAGAUGAAGUUUUCUAGCUCUAGAAUCAAUGAACCAAUCAAUGAGAACUCCACGAGACAGCUAAUGGUUAAAGAAUAUGUUCUAUUAGGGAUUGAGAUUGGCCAGACAGAUCAAGGACCACCAAAGUGCAUCCAGAGUGCAGAACUUGCAGCCGUAGUUAUCGAGACCCCAUGUGAAAACUUAAGCAACAGACUACAUAGUGAUGAUAAUUUGCUGAAGAAAGGGUACUUGGGAGAAGAAAGAGACUUGUGCAGUUCAGGAGAAAAUGAUCCCUCUGGUAGCACUAUAGCUAUACUUCCAGGGGCUGUCCAUGGUGCACCAAACAAAGGUGAACCUACACCAUUGAUCUAUCGAUGGAAAACCGGAGGAUCAUGUGAUUGCGGGGGUUGGGACAUUGGUUGCAAACUGCUUGUGCUCUCUAAGAAGAACCGAAGUUCAAAUAUCCCAAAAAGUUAUAAACCUUACCGUGAUCGUUUUCAACUUUUUGCUCAGGAAGGAGAUGAGCAAGACACACCGCUUUUCACUUUGCUAUUAUUGAAGGAUGGAUUCUAUUCGGUUGAGUUCAAUUCAGCAAUCACUCUUUUACAGGCAUUCUUCAUUUCUGUUGUUGUUUUAAGCAGCCAGAAGCUACCAGGAUAUUUGGAAAUGGGUAGCAGCAUGCAUGGAGAGAUCCUUAAGGAACCGAGUUCAAAGAACAACAGCAGAGUUCAGGGGAAAGCACCUGUAAAAUACACUCCAAUUCCACCUCUCUCUCCUGUUGGCAGAGUUUAAAUUGGGAAGAAUUUCUUUUUUGCUGUUCAAAGUUAUUAGCUGCUUAGAUCUUCAAGUAGCUAAGGAAUAGCAAGUUAAUUAGGAUGCAAAACAUUAUAGAUGUUAUAAUUUUACUCUUCUUUGCACCUACCUUCAUGCAAGGGACAGAAUAGUUCUCUUUUUUUACAGCAAAAGGUAAAUAUGAAAGAGAGGGUAGAAAGUGCAGUUUAGGAUUAGGAGUAAGAGUAAUACUUUUGUUUCUCUAUUUCCUCCUUCAUUCAUGCAAUCUGAUAUAGUAAUUGUCCAUUCCACCCAAUACCUGUUGUAGCAGGAAACGGGAAGCUUGUUGUACUCGAAUUGAUUGUACAAAAGAAACCACUACACCACCA